GAACCUUACACCAUGUCUGAUGAACUUGUAGGGACGUGUUGCGCGCUCGGACUCACUGCGUGCUGCGAUGUCUUGACUGGAAUAUGUCUCGACUUUAUGUCAAUACGGCAUUCAUGCACAGAACACCUUUGCGACUGCUGCUCGUGUAGAAAGGCUCUUGACGAUACGGUACCUGAUGUUGAAAGAGAGCCGCUCAUCUGCGGAGACAGACAGCCUAGUCCCCAUCCAUUGAUGCGUAGCACUGAGUGCUCGUAAUCAUAGGCGCGCACGCUCGUUGAUACCGUACCAUAGUUGAUAUUACUAUCUUAGUGUUGUACCAUCACUGUAUCUCAUACCACAUCAAAUUAAUAUGGACAACUACCAAAAGGUAUAAUAACCAAU